GGGCGCUCUGGGGGCGGCUCUGCCGCAGUCCCGACUCCCGCCGCUUCCUCCCGCCGCCCCUCCCCGCCGGCCCGGGCGAACGCGGUCUGGCCCUAGGGACCGAGUCUCGGCGCCGCCGGAGACCGGGCGCGGGCCGCGCCGCAGUCGGAGCGGGGCCGGGGCCCACCGCGGCCUCCUCCUUCCGCCGGCCCCGCCGCCGGCCAUGCAUUCUUCCGGCUCCUCUGGCUCCCGCAGCCCGGGUCGGGGCCCAGCCAGCCCGAGAAAGACAAGACGGACUCCAGAGGGAGAAUGGCUGUGACUUUGGAAGAAGCUCCCUGGCUGGGCUGGAUCUUGUUGAAAGCACUGAUGAGAUUUGCCUUCAUGGUCGCCAACAACCUGGUUGCUAUUCCAUCCUACAUCUGCUAUGUAAUUAUACUUCAGCCCCUUCGAGUGCUGGACAGUAAACGGUUCUGGUAUAUUGAAGGAAUCAUGUAUAAAUGGCUUUUAGGAAUGGUGGCUUCCUGGGGAUGGUAUGCAGGAUACACAGUGAUGGAAUGGGGGGAAGAUAUUAAAACAAUUUCAAAAGAUGAAGCAGUGAUGUUGGUGAAUCAUCAGGCCACAGGGGAUGUGUGCACACUCAUGAUGUGCCUCCAGGACAAAGGACUGGUUGUUGCUCAGAUGAUGUGGUUGAUGGAUCAUAUUUUUAAGUACACAAACUUUGGAAUUGUUUCUCUAAUUCAUGGAGACUUCUUUAUAAGACAGGGAAGAUCUUAUCGUGACCAACAGCUGCUGCUUCUCAAGAAGCACUUAGAAAAUUAUUACAGAAGCAGAGAUCGAAAAUGGAUUGUUUUGUUUCCAGAAGGGGGCUUCCUCAGGAAGAGGCGAGAAACAAGUCAGGCAUUUGCCAAGAAAAAUGACUUGCCAUCUCUUACACAUGUCACUCUGCCAAGGUGUGGGGCGACAAAAGUUAUUUUGAGUGCACUUGUAGCACGACAGGAAAAUGGGAGUCCUGCAGGAGGAGAUGCUAAAGAAUUAGGCAGGAAAUCAGAAGGCCUCCAGUGGAUAAUAGAUACAACGAUAGCCUAUCCUAAAGCUGAACCUAUAGAUAUUCAAACCUGGAUUCUUGGAUACAGGAAACCAACAGUCACUCAUGUACAUUACAGGAUCUUUCCAGUUAAAGAUGUACCCCUGGAAACAGAUGACCUUACCAAUUGGCUAUAUCAACGGUUCAUUGAAAAAGAGGACCUCUUAUCACAUUUUUAUGAAACAGGAGCUUUUCCAACUUCCAAGGUCCACAAGGAAGCUGUUUCCAAGGAGAUGACCCUCAGCAACCUGUGGUUAUUUCUCAUACAGUCUUUCGCAUUUUUGUCAGGCUACAUGUGGUACAGCAUUAUUCAGUAUUUUUACCAUUGCCUGUUUUAGGAAUUGACUUGGAUUUGUCAAGGUCACCAUAGGAGUUCAGACUUUCUUUCAUAAGUGUGCAUUAUUUUACAUGUGCAAAUCAAAAUAUGUUAAAAAAAAAAAAAAAGGAAAACAAAGGAAAUUCACGGAUGGAUUAAUAUUUAUCCCCCUUUGGGAUAUUUUAAAAACUCUACUAAAAUGAGGCUUAGUAAUAUAAUGACCUGCUAAUAUAUUUUAAGAACUGUUUAUGUUUUAAAAAGAUACACUCUACUGCACAUUUAUACAAACAUCACAUUUGGAGAAGAGGAAAUCAUAAAAUCAUCCUAGAAGACCAUCUGAGAGAAAUUCUGUUGCCACCAGAUAUACUUGGUAAUUUAGUUGAAGCUCAGAAAGUCGUAUUAGUCCCUCUAGGUAGUAGUCUAUAUUAGGGCAGUGCUGUAGAACGCCCUCACUUCUACCAACCCACGCUGUGUAACUAGAAACCUUGAGGGGAGCUGGUUAGCACCUUCUGAAGAACCGUUUCCAUCAUUUGCGGUAACAAACUCCAGUCCUCAACAACGAACAGAGGUACAUUUUUGGCAUUCUCUGUGGGGGAAAAAGCAGUGUCCACUGAACCCAUUCUGGUACGAGAGUGGGUUCUUCACAAAGGUUAGCUCAGUCCAACAUUAUGUUUACAUGCACUAGUACUUUCUUUCCCUUACCUGAUUUCACAUUACAUACAGAAAUCAUAUCAUAGAUUGAGAAUUGUAUUUGACAAAAUGCACUUUUAUCAGAGGCAGAUAGAGUGAAGGGUUCGUGAUAGAGCUGAACACAAAUGUAAGCAUAUCAAUGAGAGGCUCUCUCGUCUUUCUUUGGCGUUCACUUGCCUGCUGCUGUUCUCCGGCACCACCCUGCACGGGGCACCCCGUGGCAUCAUGCCUCUCUAGCUUAGAGGCUUAUAUGGAUUUUUUUUUUUUAUUUUAACAUUCACUCUAAAGGAUGGUCAAAACAAAUUAAUACAGGGUGAUCAAAAAGUUCAUGUGCAAUUUAAAUUUGCACAUGACCAUUAUGGCUACCCUGUAUAAAACAUUUAAAUGAUCAGUUUAGGGGGAAAUAGAGUAGCUUAUGAGAGAAGUGGGAGCUAAUGGCUGACAAUGGUGAUAAGUUCUCACAUGGCACCCCCAGAACCCAUGCAGACAGUAAUCUAUUCUGUCAUCACAUUGGGGAGUUCCCCCUCUCGAGGUAAGUGUAGCCAGGAGAGAAACCAGCACACCGGGCUUCCCAAUCUCUUUAAAUUUCUUUUGAAGAGGAUAAAGUCAAGUUUCUAUCUCUAGGAAACAUUUUUAAAAUUUGUCACUAUGUUAAUGUGAUUUACCUUACAAGAGAACUGUAUUCUCUUUCAAAAAGUGCUGGUACUAUGUCACUGUUAAGGUAGGAUAUGACUUUUGGCUUGUGAUUGUGAGACUGUUAAGAUCCUAGCAAGUCAGUGGUAGUUUUCUGUAGUAUGAGCAUUGUAGAUUCCCCUGAUGUCACUAAUCACACAAAUAACGAUUCCAAGAAGUAGGCUAUCAAAAAAUAAUGGCUAAUGUUUUCUCUUUUUAAAUAAACCAAAAACAAAAAACAAGCUGAAAAGAUGUGAAUUUUCCCCCAGUUAUGUGGGAAAUAUAAAGCAACACCAAAUAAAAGCCCACAGCAGCUUCAUCUUUAGAAUAACUCAGUGCAUAGGCGAAAGAGAAAGAUGUAUUAACUGAAAUACCUCAUUGAAUAUUAUACUACUACUGGUAAAAUGCAGAAGCCAGUGUUAAUGUGUUUGGUAAUGGUUGUUAUAAGACAGUUUUCUUGAAAUCUUAAGCAUUUCAUUCUGUGUCUUAUAGUGACAGUGAAUAUGUGAAAUCAGUCUCAAUUUAAAGGUACGGAUGAAGGUAGGAAGCUACAUGGAGGCUUCUGCUCAAGGCCAAGCAAAUAUUGCUGAACUACAAGAUGAUUUGAGAGAUCAGUCAGCCAGCCAUCUGGGGGAGAAGUUGCUCACUGUCAGAGAGAGUGUACCCAGUCUUAGCUAAUAGACCCUUUUUCCUCGUUGCUACAGCAAGGGUAGAGUAGCCAGUUCUCCUAUCCAAAAAAAAAUGUGUACAUAAAUGUGGCUUAGGGCCACUUUUAACAUCACUGUGCUCCAAAGGAACAUGACAUUUUUAAGUAUACUGUACAUGUGAAACUGUCCUGUAAGAUGCUCUACUUUUCAAGUGCAGUCUCAUUGCCGCAGUCUCCAGGGUGACAAAUACCAAUAGAUGUGUGAAUUAAUUUUUGAAAAUAGAUCUGUGUAUUGUAAAUAGAUGUGUAUUUGCUCUGCCCUCUCCCUCUUUGAUUCUGUAUCAACAUGUUCUCUUUCUUCUGUUUGCAAAAUACGUUUGUUUGAGAGCCUCAGUAAAGCUCUCCUUAUCAGUAACUGGAGUUCUGCUUGCACUAGAGAAUGUAAAGAGAGAAUUGUGUUCUUACAUGGCAGUCUGGGGAAGCAGCAAUAUGCCACUGUAUAGAACUGAAUAAAAAUUCCUAAUUUGUACUUUCUUUGUGAAGUGAGAUGAAGGGAGGUUUAAAGAAUAUAUAUUUUGUCAAGGGGAAAGAAAAUAAAACUAUGCCAGUUUUAUACCAGUAGCUGGUAGAAUCUCAGCACUUCUUGUUCUUGGCUAAACUACCUACCUAGUUUCCCAGGCAAACACAGUUGAGAACCCAUUGCUGGAAUCCUGGUAUCAACAAGUCACAGUGAUGGAGCAUCUGCUUGGUCAUAGGCAAGUUCAGUGGCUACAGAUGUGACCGAGCCAACAGUUCGCUAUUAACUAUAGAAACAAUUAUUUGUGUUGAAAUAUACAUAUAUUAUAGAGAAACCUAUAAGCAAUGGAAGGUAAAGAAAAAUUACAGAAUGGAAAAGGAUAUUUGGAUGUGCAAACAAAUUAGUUGAGAGUUGAAAUAGUUGUUUUUAAAAAGAUAGCUUUGAAUUCAGAUCUGUCAUAUUUUUAGUUUGUAAUAUUAUGACCAACCCUUAAUUUUCCACAGUAAAUGAAGUAGGUGUUACUGGAUAAAUAAGUAAUUAAUAACUGAAUAGUUAAUCCAGUAAUGAGUAAUAGGUAAGCCACAAAUCUAUUUUUAUUUAGGAGUCUCAAUUUUUAUUCUCAUUGAACAUUUUCUUUCUCAUAGGGAUGCUUACUAAUUAAAAAAAUUAUUUGAGUUGUUCAUUAGGGGUUUUUUUGCAUAUAUGACUGUGUUAUUGAAUAAUGAAACUAUACAAAAAACAGACAGCAAUCCAGAAGAGGAAAUACAGAAGCCUAAAAAAUCCGUGGGGUAGAAAAGGCAUCCCUGAAUAGUUAAGAGUCGGUGGUAUUGAAAUUGUUCUCAAGGCUUUUUAUAAAAAUGAGAUCUGAAAUCACCAAAUGUAAACCUCUGAACAUCAUCCUAGUGUUGCUGUCUUUUGGAUUGAUGUGAAGAACACCUCUCGUUCUUUGCUCGUGUUGCUCAUUUCUCAUGGAUUUGUCUUAGUAAUGUUUUUUGACAAUCACUUCCCUAAAGACUUCUAAACUAGUAGGACCUGGUUCUAAUAAUAGAAAGUAAGUCUUUAAUCAUGAAUAGUCUUCUUGGGUUCUUGUUAUAUUUGAAAAGAAAAUAUUUUAUUUGCACUACUGAAUAGGAAGAGUUCAUUGUUUUCUUUGUUCUUUUCUUUGAAAUCACAACAUAGGACUUCACUACAGAGUGAAGUGCCAUUAUGAGCAUGUUCAGCUCUGGUCCACAAACGAAGGAUAAAAAUGGUUUGUUGUAUGUAUUUGCCCUGCGGUGCUCUGAGCCAGCCUUACAUCAGUUAACAUGAAAGGCAAAAUCAAAAGCAGCACUGUCGAGAACGAGGCAUAGAAACUAAUAUGUUUGGGACCAAAACCACCUAAGUUGGAAAUUUCUAGAUCACAGAUGGGCCAGAUACUCUCUGGAGCAGUCAUUGGUUGGUGCUUUAGUGUAAUUAUUUUGCACCAAUCCCCAACAAUUAGGAAGUGGACCCUGGGAAUAAGCUGAGGGUGCUAGACUGUUGGGGGAGGGUGAUAGUAGCCAUAUGGAAGAUAAAAUAUGGAACGGAUUUUUCUGCAGAUUUUCCAUCUGAGGGUUUUUACAUUUAAUAUUUUUUUAAGACAGUUUAAAGAGAAAAAAAAAUUUAAGCAUAUCUAGCUACAGAGUAUGCACACAUAUCUUGAAUGGCUUUACUUUUAUUGUGUAAACUGUUGAACACAUGACUGUGAUGCACAGUUCUUCACAUGUAAGGAGUCUAUGCAUUUCACGGUGACUUAUUUUAUGAUUGGGUAAUGAGACAGUUAUACAUUCAACUGCCAUUAUUUUAAGUGCUUUCAUUUUCUUUACAGUUAUUACAAAAUUGUAUUUAUUUUCUACAGAUAGAUUUUUGUUUUUCUGAUGCCAUAAUGUUUACUUCAGCCUGUUGACCUUUCUUUGUGUAUCUGCAUGUUGUAACGUGUGAUAAGAAUGAAUGUAAAGGCCGUGGCAACCGUAAUUAAUUUUUGUAAAGGGCUGGUCACAUGUGGAUCUGGUUUAUGAAUGCAUUUGAGAUGAUUUUAAUAACCAGAUCACCUUUUCAGAAAUUUAGACGUGAACACCAAAAGAAGCAUUUUCUCAACAAAAAUUAAUAGCUGGUUCUAUUUUUUUUUAACCUAGAAAAAAAUAAAAUUGAUUUUUUUUUUAAGUAAAGUGCUUUUAAUUCUUAGUAGUGGGGAUGGGGUUUUUGUAUUUUACUGUGGCUAUUUGGGCAUUAACAUCUGUAGGCAGGUACUUAAAGCAUACCAUGGCAGUUGGAUGCGGAGGGCAAACUGAAAAAAACACAUGAAAAAACAUCAGACUUCGUUCUUUCAUUUAAAACUAUUUGCCCCCUCCCUUCUGUUCUUUUCAUCAGUGGUGUGGUGGUAGAUGUCUAAUAGUCCCCUCUCCUGGAAAGAUAUUAGGUAUACAGGUGUACGUAAGUUUGUUAUAAAUUUUGCUGAUAAUAAGGAUGCAUAACACAAUUAAACAAUAAGAUAGACUUUAUCGUAAACCCCACAAAGCCAAUUGAUCCUCAUGGGGUACUAAUUGCUUUUCACAGAACUCACAGCCAACCUAUGAUUGCAUUUCAACCAUAAUUGGAAAAAUGGCGUUACAUCCUAAUCUACUAACUCAUUUCACAAGAAAGUUAUUGUCAUUCAAUCUGAUAUGUGAUCUGCUAUUAAACUACUUCUUGCCCUUAUACAAAUUACACUCAUUAAACUGAAACCACUUUUAGCUUCAACACUAAUUAUAAGUUUGUAUGAUUUCAUUUUAAUAAUGACUGCUUAACAACUGCUGGCAAAAUUCUGAAAUUUAACCAUUGGCUCUUGGGAGCCAGUAAAAGCUACAUCCAGCACACCACUGGCCCACCCUAUUUUUGUUUUAUUUUUAAACUAUCAGUUAUAACUCUUCGUAGUUUUUCUACUUGCUGAUCUCAGGAAAUUCCUCUCACUGACCCUGGCAGGGGCUUUAAAGGUGGGAAAAGCAUUAAUAUCAGUUUUGCAGAGUGAGAUUUUGAUUAUGAAGAAUUUGGUAAAAGCAGACUUUUCCUGAAUUACAUGGGAAGCUUACAUAUUUCCAAAGCUGGUUUUGUACUUUAAUUUCUCAGAGCUAAGUAAACUGUGAUUUAGACAUCUGAGAUUUUUGUUAGCAUUUAAAACUUCAAUUGGUUAGGUAUUUAUAGAACAGAUUUGAUCCCAUUAAAAAAUUGAAACAUAUUAAACUGUCUUAUAGUCUACCAAAUGAAUCAAAUAAUCACAGUUCAGUCUACCUCUUCUUUUUGUGUCUGGAUUUAGGCUGCUAUUAUGGGCAGGUUCUAAUUUGUUACUCCCUGGAAGUACUUUCUGGAAAACAAAGAAUAGAUUGGGGACAGAGGCCUGAAGGCCAGUGUGAAGCCUCAGAGAUCUGUUGCUGACCAGCCCUAUUCAUUCCUCUUGAGUUGGGGGAAAGCCAUUGUUUUUAAUUACCACUUAAUAUGAAAAUGUUUGUUUUUAAAAUGUUUCUUCCUCCUGAAAAGAUGUAUUUUUAAAAGGAAAAAAAUUCUCUUUUGGCUCUCUAAGAAGUCAGCUGUAUGAACAGGUGUGACCAUAUCAUAACAUGCUGAUAUGAUAGAAAUCAAUAAAUUUUUACCUCUCAGG